GUCCGGCGUUUAGCUUCGGCGGUCCCACAAUUUGAGGAUAUUGCGUCUCCAGUUAUUGGGGGACUACUAUAGAGAGCAAGUUUGGGAGAGUCUUUCGCGACGUCCCCUGUUGGGAGACGAGUCCAAAUGAGUUAUCCUGGCUCUGUAGAACGUCAGGGACUCCGGGCCCCGCAUUGCCCCAGUACCUGCGCUGGGGCCUCGCCAGGGACCCUGAUGGUAGAGUCGGUGGACGAUGCAGAAGGACUGUACGUGGCUGUAGAGCGCUGCCCUUUGUGUAACACCGCCCGCCGGAGGCUCACCUGUGCCCGCUGUAUCCAGGCAGGCGACUUCGUCUACUUUGACGGGAGGGACCCAGAGAGGUAUGACGAUAAAACAGAGCGGCUUAAACUUCAGAAGAAGAACAUGGAAGACUUGCAGCAGAGAGUUAUCAAAGCUAUGGAUGGGAAAUUGAGAACUGACCAUUUGAAGUGGAAAAUAAUGUCUUGUAAAAUGAGAAUACAACAACUAAAGGAAGCAAUCUGCAGUGGAAGUGAAGAAGUAAAACACGAUAAAGAUCUUGUAUUAAAAUGUCAGGAUGAGACUGGACGCCUAUACCGGCGGGCCCAAAGGCAUCAGGAGAAGAAGGAAAAAAUUGAGCGACACGACCGUCGUUUAGGUGACCUGUUAGAAAAGAAGGGCAAGGAACUGCAGGCAAGGCUUGACCAGCUGGCCGCACUUCGCCGAGAGCACAUUUCAGAACUGACGUCCUGCAUUUUUCCUAUGCAAGAAGAGAAGCAGGGAAACAGAGACCCUACUGACCUAGUGGCCGAGUGUGAUUUGGCUUUGACCUCAAGCACAGUCAGUGAACUUGCUGAGGCUCGUCGCACAACCUAUCUGUCAGGCCGCUGGAUCUGGGAUGAUCAAAAUGGAGAGACCAGCAUUAGCAUCACUGGGCCAUGGAUAUGCCUGCCUAGCAAUGGGGACUACUCUGCAUAUUACAACUGGGUUGAGGAGAAGAGGACCAGUGAAGGACCAGAUAUGGAUCACAUUAACCCUGCUCACACCAUCAGUGCUGCUCUCUGCUACGCAACUCAGCUGGUCAAUAUCUUAUCACACAUACUGGACGUCAACCUUCCGAAGAAACUCUGCAACAGUGAAUUCUGCUGUGAAAAUCUAAGUCGAUGCAAGUUUACGCGUGCAGUCAACAAACUGAACACCAACAUCCUUCACCUGUGCUUCUCCCAGCAUGUAGCACCAGAGCUUUUACAUCCUCAGCACACGUUGCGAAACAUCACGUUUCUAAUCAGCUCAGACAACAAGGAGCUAGGACGGACUGGCCCAUAUGAAAUUAGUGCAGACUUGGAAGAUUCAAUGGAGUUUGUAGAAACAAGUGGAGCUGGUCAGACUGAUGAAAGUGGGGAGGAUCCAGUGACAGAUGAGGAAACUGACCUGGGAACAGACUGGGAGACAGUGCCAAGUCCUCGAUUCUGUGACAUCCCCUCACAAGCAAUGGAUAUGUCACAAAGUGCUGCCAUGCAGACAUCACAACCAGUUGCUAGUACUGUCACAGGUGGCAUGAUCUCUUCGGCUGCUGCUUCUGUCACAUCAUGGUUCAGAGCUUACACAGGGCAGCGUUGAAAAAAAAAAAUCGUCAUGCUCCGAAUCCUCAGUGAACUGGACAGUCUUAUAUUACCAGUGUUCUGGCACCAAUCCCAGUAUUGUUUGUCUGAUCAAACAAUUAAUUGACACCAUUUACUGCACUAGAACAUGUGCCAUUACUUGGCUAUAGAUUUAGAACAGCCUAAGGGGGGAAAAGAAAACUUAUCACUGAACUCUAAUGGAUCCUUUUAUAGUAGACUUUUGUAACCAGAAGAGCCAAAGUGUGUAUUUUCUAAAUACAUAUGUAUAUAAACACUAUCUAGAUUCCUAGGCAUCUGGGCCUAAUACAAAAUGUUAAGUUACGCAUGCAAAUGCCUUGAGUGGCACUGCAUUGCACUGUAUGUGUGUACAUGUUUAAAAGAAAAAAAAAAACCUUGGUGUGCAAA